AUGAGGAGGGUGACAGAGACAUGUGUGUUGGGUGAUUUGGAGCACUUCGAGAGUCGCCGUGAUUUUGGAUAUUGUAGGCAUAUUAAGGUCGAGAAGGUAAUGGGAGCUAUGCGUAAGAUGAGCAGGGGUAGAGCGACUGGGCCAGAUGAAAUUCCGGUUGAAUUCUGGAGGAGGUUGGUGGAACAGUAUAGAGAUAAGAAGAAUGAUUUAUGUAUGGUGUUUAUUGACCUAGAGAAAGCGUACGACAAGGUCCCGAGAGGGGUUCUUUGGAAGUGCUUGGAGACUAAAUGUGUUCCGGUAGCAUACAUUAUGGUGAUUAAGAACAUGUAUGAUGGAGCUAAGACUCGGGUUAGGAUAGUGGGAGGUGACUCGGAGUAUUUUCCGGUGGUUAUGGGUUUACACCAAGGAUCUGCGCUCAAUCCUUUCCUAUUUGCCUUGGCGAUAGAUGCUCUGACGCACCAUAUUCAAUGA